AUGGCAAGCGACGACGACAGUGGCAACAAGAAGCGCGCCGCCGAGGGAGACACUGAGCAGACUUCAAAGCAGCAAAAGCAGGACGACGGAACCCCCCCGGAAAAGAAGAGCAUCAAAGGCAGCUGCCACUGCGGCUUCAUCAAAUACACCUUCGAUGUCACUUCCCUUCCUCUGAGCGCAAAUCGCUGCAGUUGCACGUUCUGCCAGAAAUUGGGACUCACUGGACACGGUCUCAAGAACCUGUCCAAGGAUUUCCAUCUGAUUAGUCCCGAUUCCAGAGAAGAUCCCGCUCUGGGAAGCUAUGCGCCCAACGUCAAGACAGGCGCAAAGUACUUCUGCAGAGACUGCGGCACUCAUGUCUGGCAAGAAGGCUACUACGAAUGGGAAGGCCAACGCCAUGAUUUCUUCCCUGUAAAUGUUGCUACAGUUGACCAGCCGCAAGAUGGUGUUGAUUUGAGCGAGACCAAGAUUCGAUAUGAGGAUGGUUUGCACAACAAUUGGGCUGCUGGCUUGAGGGAGAAGCCGUGGCCGAAUGGCCUGCCAUGA